CUUCUCCACGUACAUGUAAAUGUUUACAAAUCUAUAAAUAGGUAAUGUACAUGCUCAUAUCUACAUGUUAACUACAUUGCAGAUUUAUAGUUGUUUUGUAUUUGAACGUUAAUCUUUUAAAAAGAGACUUAAAGAAAGAUUUCGUUUAAAAGGCAUAGAAUCUUCAACCGCUUGAUCCGGUGACGUAAAACCCAGUGACACCUCAUCAACAUGGAGUUGUUCACGGCGGUGGAGGCGUUCACACAAGUGAUGACAUACGUCAUGAUCGUGGCUGGCGUCCCUCCGUGUUUGGAGAUGAUCAAGUCACGUGUCACGGAAGGAGUGCCGUACCCGUUCUUCCUGGCAGGACUCGUCAACUCGCUGUUGAGUAUUGGAUACGGAGUGAUGGUGGACAACUCGACGUUGAUACAGAUUAACGCGGUAGCCGGCUUUUUCAACGUGUUUUACGUCGGUUCUUACGUCUUCAUAUCACCUAAAAAGAGCGCCCCUCUCCAGCAGCUGUUGUUGUCUGUGUUGCUGGUGCUGGCCGUGCAGGUGUAUGCGAGCCGCCUGGUACCGGAAGUGCAGCGCCAGGACCACGUAGGAUUCAUACUGCUGGUCGUCUCCACUGUUAUGCUGCUCACACCAUGGCUACAAGUGGUAGGGACACUGACAUCUUCAAGAAAAGUACUGCGUGUCCCAGCAGUCCGGUGCGAGUCUGUCCCUGGUGAUGUUGGGUGCAGGCAUCGUGUGCUGUACGGCAUGGUUUGCAUACGGAUACCUCCUACACGACGUCUACAUAUACAGUCCCAAUCUACUAGGGUUGUCCUCCUAUGUAGGCCAGAUAUGGGUGCUAGCGGUGUACGGACGGGCGAAACCAAGGGACAAACAAGAAUAAUAUGAUGCAAUUGGUAGCCAAAGAUUGUCCUUAUACAGGAGGCCAGUGUUUUGGUUUAUAGAUAUAGAUGUUAUACAUGUUACAAAUUUCUGAGAUUCCGUGAUUAUCUGAAAUAACUGACAAUAUAAGUAUCCUUUUUUUCAGUAUUCUAUGUAUUGCACUGCAUUAGCUUGAUCAUUAGCACAUUAAAUAUAUUAACAUUUAGGUUCAUACAAACUUCAUGAUACCAGUUUUGGCUGUAUAACUUGAUUAAACUCUGCAUUUACUGCUAGAUAUAGGACUAUAUUUAAGAUAUGACAGAUGUAUUUUGCAUUGAACUAGUUUAUAUGAAUAUUCUAGUAAUAUUUAAUUUAAAUUCCCUAUCAUAGCAUAGAGAAGAAAACUAUGAUACUUACGUUUGUCUAUCUUAAUUUGUUCAUUGAGUGUAACCAACUUUUAUUAUGAUGAUGUGUCAACAACAUCAACAGUGUUGUUUGCUUUGAUGUCAAUAUUACAAUAAGGUACUAGGCAUGUGAAAUAAUGGUCCCAAAGGUACAUAUCUUGCUCAAAAGUUUUCCUUAUUUCUGUAUUUUUCACAUAAUGUCCGUCACAUAUCACUCAUUAUGUUACGAGUGGAAUGUAGUGAGAUAUUUGUGGACACAUAUCUAGUCUUAAAUUGUGAUAAAAUAAUUGAAAAUAACUUUUAUAUUUUAAAUCAUGAUUCAUUUUUUAACCAUUGUGUUUUAUGUUAAGAUUGAACAAUUAUUAUAUUAUGACAAAUAAUAUGAACUGUAAUCACUUUCAUAGUGCCUUUGUUUAAUGCAAGUAAUUUGUUACUCAUGAGAAAUUGUUUUAGUUUUUAUCAAAGCAAAUGUGAUUUAGUUUGUAUUAUAUUUUAUGCUAGUAUUAUCCAAAUGAAAAUAUUCUUUUUAUAAAACUAAAAUAGAGAUAAAUAUCAUUAUUGUUUGUUUAUAUUUCAUCAACAAUUAUAAGUCAUGCUCUAAUUUGAGAUGGUGCUCAAUUAUUAAUAAAUUUAAAGAAAUUAAAAUGCA